AUGUCUUCCGCGAAUUCAAUCAAAUCGCCUGAUAAGGAAACAGGCACCCAAUCUAGUACACCACCUUUAUCUUAUGCGAGAGCUGCUCGCGUUCAACCCUGCAAAAAUGGUCUUCUCUUCUCUGAUGGUCCUCGUAUCUUACCCACUCGGCCUUUAUCGGAAAACGCUCACAUCAUCAACAUUCGUCUCAGCAACCUGCCAUUCACAUCUAGGGAAAAACUAGCAGAUGGUAUUCGACAAGCACUCGCACCCUUUGGUAAGAUUCUAGAUCAUGGUAUUCUUCGUGACCAGGACUCCCACUUGUUUAUGGGACAUGGUUACGCAACAUUAAACGUUUCAGCCUCACUCGAUUUCCUCCCACUCACACACACGAUUGCUUGGCCCAACUCCGCCGACUUCUUUUAUGCAACAUGGGCUGAAAUGCCAUUACAUUGUCUACACUGUCAUCGUUCCGGUCACUCUAUUUCAUCAUGUCCUAGUCAUCCAAGUCGCAAUCGUCUUUGCUGGUCAUGUGGUCAACCAGGCCAUCGUGCAGCAAAAUGUUCUUAUCAUCGCACCCCAACGCCAACCAAUAACAAAGAACCACACGUGCCACCAUCGCCUCCAUCGCCCACACUUUCUUCUGCCCACAGCCACGACUCUGAUGUUUCAAUGCAUUCUGAUGACCUUUCCAAUCGUGAAGCUCACAACGACCAGCUUAUUGUCGACUUUAUCCCACCUCAGCCCAAUACUGACCCCAACGCCAAACCUAUCACUGAUCGCCAACGCAGACUACUUAACCGCCUGUUCCCUAUUUCCGACGAAGCAAGAACCAUUACUGAAACACUGACCAGCGUAUCUUAUGACAGACUUUAUGCUACACUUCGCCACAAGGGGAAAGCGUUCCCCUUUUCGUUCUCUUUUGCAUCGGAAAGUGUCUCUUCUUCGAGUCACAAUGAUCCGGUUUGA